UAAAUGGCUCCCGCCGCAAAUUGUUGUGUCCUGUGCGUCAUAGAAAGAGCUCCGCCCUCACCCGUGCUCGCUCCUCUUCCGCACAAAGCAAAAAUGUACCACACGUAUGGAUAUUGUUACAGACCAGGAACAUAAACUACCUGUCCGCUGCAAAUCCGCUUUUGAAACAGGGAAAUCAUAAAAGCGAAGGGAAUCGCCGAGCCUGGGGCGGGGCCAGUGUCUGAGUGGGCGGGACCAUGUUCUGAGUGGGCGUGGAGCCGAGCGCGUGUCCCAAGCAGAGGGAAGGAGGCGGAUCCAUUGGGCGCCACGUUCCCAUGGCAACUUGGCGGAGGGGGCGGGACUGGUGGCGUUACUCGUACGCGGAUGGAGGGAGCUGCAGCAGCUGCUGAUCUGUGACAUCUCCUCCUCGCCCGUUGCCAUAUUGUACCGGAGCGCGGUUCAUGCCGAGUAAUAUAAUUCCAUGGGUCCGGUAACCGGAAUGACUCCCGACAAGAACAUAGAGAGCCCAGCGGCGGAGAAAGUCCCGGGAUUAAGUCAGACGGAGAACAUGGGCAGUUUGCCGGAGGAGGUGGGCCAGGCCUCCAUGGUGGAUAGUGAAGCUACGGACGAAGAGUUGACCAACCUAAACUGGCUGCACGAGAGCACAAACCUACUCAAUAACUUCAGUCUGGGGAGCCAGGGGGUGUCGGCGGGGAGCCCACUGUACGACAUCGAAGGAGAUCUUUCCCCGUCUGGCUGUCAGACUCCAGAGAAACUGUCAGCCUCUUCCAAGCCUCCCUACUCCUUCAGCCUCCUCAUUUACAUGGCCAUCGAGCACUCCCCUAACAAAUGCCUGCCAGUUAAAGACAUAUACGGCUGGAUUCUCGAUCGAUUCCCCUAUUUUGCCACCGCACCCACCGGAUGGAAGAAUUCCGUCAGACACAACCUCUCGCUCAAUAAAUAUUUUCAGAAGGUGGAGAGGAGUCACGGAAAGGUAAAUGGAAAAGGAUCCCUGUGGUGUGUUGAUCCAGAGUAUAAACCAAGUCUCAUUCAAGCAUUAAAGAAACAGCCAUUUUCUUCAGCACUUGCUUUAUACACCCCUCCCACUUCUCCUACAAGUGUAUCGUCCCGCCCGUAUGUUUUAACUUCUGCAUCGAGACGGAAGCAGAUACAUUAUGUUAAAGACUCUGACAUUGAUGCUGCUACAGCCAUGAUGUUACUGAACAGCUCUAUCAAGGAAGAAGCUUUAGAUCGUCAGAAGCCUCAGCCUGUGCCGAUGAUGUUGCCCAAGAAGCGCAGUUAUUCCAGUGCUUUCAAGCAUCGCCCUCCUCUCAGCCUUCAGGAAAACCCCAGUGAAGUGAUUAACACUGACCCCAAGGAGGAUCACAACUACAGCGCCAGCGACUCUCAGCGCUGUGAAUCCCGCUCCAGCGUCUCUUCCUUAUCGUCCGUGGAAGAAGUCUACGAGUUCCUCCCAAAGAACAGCCGGGCGGGAAGCGACGGCAGCGAGGGAUUUCACAGCGAGGAUGAUACGGAUAUCGAAUAUGAAGAAGACGCACUCGGGGAUAGCGGCUACGUACCCCAGCCCUCCAGCAAUGAUUUACCCCUGAGCAAGAUGCACAAAGAAACGAGCCAAGAUAUCGACGAGGAGCUGAAAGAAGCGGCCGGCUCCCUGCUCCAUCUGGCCGGAAUACGCACCUGUCUAGAUUCCCUUUUAAAAACUGCCCAGGCACAGUCUCACAAGCACAGAAAAUAGUAGCGCUGCAGAUUUUUCAUUUUUUUCCCUCUUCUUCUUCUCUACUAUCCACCCCUUCCCUUUCCAGAAGCGUGGCAAUAUUCUACAACUGUUCAUCCCCACGUAGGAGAUCAAAGCCAUAAAGGACUAAAGGCUUGUUAUUUUCUGCUCACUCGCUCGGCUUUUAUUCUUCUCUUCUAAGAUCACUGCCUCAGAAUAAUCCAGUUUCCAGUACAGCCACAAUGCAUGACCGGAUAACCCCCAACAUAAGCUACUAAGGAUCCUCAAGGGAAGAAGUCCCACAGCUGCUCCCCUCUAUCAUCUUUGGCUAGUGAUGCAAAUUAGACUGCUGUGUGUUUAUUGGAUUGUCGCUGUCCAGCGGAAUGAGAAAAUAGCAGUAUUAGUGAUACAUUUGCCAACGGUUUCUUCAUCAAGUGACAAAUCGAGUGAGAAAAAUUGCAAACUGCGCCGGAAAAUUGCAUAAAUUGACGUGAAAUGUUGCUCUUCAUGCGAAGAGUUGAAAGGAUUCGACUGCCAUGGAAUGUCUCCAGUAGAAUUCCACUCAGCAUAAGGGACAUUCAGGGUUUUCCCUUGCCACAGCCCCCCCUGCAUACAGAUUAAGAUGGGAAAGAUUGGGCAGAUUUUGCCUUCCAUUGGGGUCGAGGCUUGUCUUUCCUUUGACCCCUAUUUGUCCUCUGAUCACCCAAUGAUUCGGAUUCUGUGCUUUUAUUUUGGUUUACGUUUGCACAUGUGAUUAU